AUGUCGCAAGCCCAGUUUGAAAAACUGGUAAGAGAGGUUGAGCAGUUCGUCGAGAGAGAAACCCCGGGCACAUGGUCGGGUCCGGACUCUCUUAUCGACCCUGCCCUAUUCGCACUGCCGACAGACCAAGCGACCGACGACGUCCCAGCUGUCGAUGUGUCCCCAACCGCUGCUCGCGCCGCGGCCCCCAUCCAAGCUGCUCCGUCACCGCAAGGCGAUGAGGUAGUGGCGAGCCCCCAAGGAGAAGAAGAAGAAGAAGAAGAAGAAGAAGAAGAAGAAGAAGAAGAAGAAGAAGAAGAGGUGGGUGCGUCUGCGCCAACAACAGCAACCACAGCACCGGUGGUGACACCCCUCCCGGAGCAGGGGAUCAGCUACUCCUUCGCGGAGUACUGGUCCAACGUGGCGUUCGAUUCCCCGGAUGAAGACGACCACGUCGACGACUACGUCCCAGUUCCCGUCGCCCCAGUGCUGCGUCAAGAAGUCGAACGCCGCCGUCGGGAGCCCCGCUCCAACGGCUCGACUCCUGUUGAAGUUGUUCGCGCAGACGACAGACAAGAUGUGGUGUCCGCCGAACCCGACAGCUCCUCUUCUGUGCCCCCGCAGAAGAAGACACUCCAGGAGGUGAGGGACCGGAUCGAAGCAAUGAGGCGUGCUGGCACGUCGAAUUUCGCGUCUUCGGAUGAGUCGGACGAGGACGAGGAUGAUUCCCCUCCCUCUGGCAGCGCCGAGGUGAAGGAGGGACAGCCGGCCGGAAAGCUGAAGCUGAAGCUGAAGUCCAGUGAGGUGGAGGCUUACCAGGGCGAGGAAGCCGAGCUCAAGGCAGCUGUUGCGGAGGAGCAGGAACGGCACGGGCACAUGACUCCCGGUACCGGGCGGCGUCGAAAGCGAGACAUAGGAGAUUUUGGUCACCAUGAGAUCGAAUAUGUGGAGCUUCCCGACAUCCCCGUCCGCGUCACCGAGGGCCGCCGGAUCUUGUCUUUCAAGAGGCGGAUUCCGGGUGCCCACGAGGAGCCCGAUUGA